AGACCCGAGAUUCCCCUCCCUCCCGUCGCCGGAGCGGCCAACGGAGAGAGAGGGAACCAGCGGCGCGCAAGGAAUCCCUCUUGGCCUCCUUGAUCGCCUAGAUCCUACUUUUCCGGGUGCGAGCGUUGUCACGCAGGAGGUAAAACCACGGGCACGUCGUUGUCAAUGUCAGGAUCCCCUCGCUUGUACGCAAUCAUGGGUUCCUGCUAAUCACUUGUGAGUUGUGACGCACUUGUCCAAAUCCAAAUCCUCCUUCCUCUCUAAUCUGGUAGUACUACCACUAAAUCAUGAUUGGAUAAUGCUUCCGCUUGUCCAACACGUGGCGAUCUCCGGUUUGCUCGUGUGAGGCGAUGCGGACAUGGAAUGCAAGGCUGGCAAGGAGAUGGGCAAAAGCAAGAAGAAAACAUCCACCCACCGAGUUGCCUCUUGAUCAAGGAGCCGAUGGUGAAUGGAGGAGCCGCCGCCGAGUGCCGCUGCCCUACGUCAGGUGGUGCUUAAAGCGAAGGCCAACACUCGGUCUCCGUGCUCCGUUCAAGAUUCCGGCGUCGGUUGCGUGCUGGUUGGGGGUCGCUCCGGUCCAUCGCCAAGGCUAGGUGUUUGUGGAAUUGCCUGCCUCCUUUGCAACUGCAACGGCAGCGCCAGCAGAGUAAGGAAGGCUAAGGCUAGGCAGAGCAAGGAAAGGAAAGGAUGGCCAUGCCGCGGGGCCUGGCGGCGUACAUGGUGGACAUGGUGUGGGCGGUGCUCGCCGGGUGGGUGUCGGCGUGCCUGCUGGUCGCCAACGAGAUCGCCCGCGGCAUGCGGGCCGGGGAGAUUGGCCCCUUCGUCGUGGGGUGAAAAAUCUCGUUUCGGGUCCUCCCUUCUGAUUCAUUCCUUCAUGCAGAUAUCUUUUUGGCGAAUCCGUCCAUGGAUACAUUGCACUACACUGUACAGAGUCCAUAAAUCAACAAUAGUGUUCAGCUGAAUGGCUUCGGCCAUUAACAGAAGUGACAGAUUUCUAGAUGAUGUUUUAUUUUCUCUCCUUUCUUUCCACAAUUCUUCUGUUCUGUAUAGUCAUGUAAAGAAUUUAUUUUCCUUUCACA